CGAAUUAAUGUUUUCAAUAACGUUUAGCACAUGCGCAAGCAACUAACCUGCAAUUCAUUAUAUUGUGAAAGUUUUAUCAAUGUUGUCACGUUUCCCUGUAAUUAUAUUGACUACUUGUUAUUAUUAUUGAACAAUGAGUGCUAAAAAAUUUCUAAAAAUUUCAAAUCUUAAACUAGUUACUUUCGAUAUCACUGGAACUUUGCUAGAACCAAAAUUAGAACUCUAUCCAGAGAUAGCUUAUCAACAUGGUAUACGAUUAUUGAAUCCAGAAAAGUUGGCGCCAAGUUGGAAACAGCACUUUUUAUUUUGGAGCAAUGAACAUCCAAAUUAUGGAAAAUAUUCUGGUCUUGGCUGGAAAAAUUGGUGGAAACAUGUAGUUGUUAACGUAUUCAAAGAUCAGAACCCUGAAGUUCCAGAUGAAAAAUUACAUCAAAUAGCUACAACAUUAAUUGAACAGUAUAGUACAAAACAAGGUUGGCAUGUUUUACCUGGAGCUGUAAAUAUUCUACAGUAUUUAAAUAAUCAAAAAAUAAUAUUAGGAGUUAUUUCAAAUUUUGAUAAACGUUUAGAACCAAUUUUAAUAAGCACAGGCAUUCGAAAAUAUUUUUCUUUUAUUAUUACAUCUUAUGAUUAUGGAAGAGAGAAACCAGAUGUUAUACUUUUUGAGAAAGCUUUAGAAUUAGUACAGCAAACACGUGGAGAAAAAAUUACGUCACUGCAAGCAUUACAUAUUGGUGAUAAUUUGAAACUUGAUUAUGAUGGAGCUAAGAAUGCAGGAUGGAAUGCUUUUUUAAUGGACCCAAAUUCUGGUGAUAAAUUAAAAUCGAUUCCAGAAUUUGAAAGAUUUAAGAAUCUUCAUGAAUUGCAGAAAUACUUCGAAGUUUCGAUAGUAAAUAAAUAAUAAUUAAUUAGUAAUACUUAGAAACUUCUUUGUUAAAAAAAAAAUAGUAAUGAAA